UAAAGCAGCUGGUAACUGUCGCAAAAUGCUCAACGUGUCCACUUUUCUGAACAGAGUACGAAAAGGGCACGACAGUUAGCCAUCUAGCAUGCUAGGUAGUUGCUGUGCCACAUACUGGUGUUUAAAUUAAGAUGUUAUCGUGUGUAAGUAGUUGUGUGUCUGUGUCAGUAGGUGUGGGUGCUGGCCAUGUGUGUGUGUAGGUGAUGUAAAUGUGAGGACUGAUGGAGUCCAACAGGACGGUUCUGGUGACCGGAGGAUCUGGAUUUAUCGGCUCUCACCUGGUGUGUUCACUGGUCCUCAAACAUCCCGACUGGAGGAUCAUUAACCUGGAUACUCUGGAUUACUGCUGCAGUAGGAGGAGUCUGCAGGCUGUGGAGGACCGAUCCAACUACUCGUUGAUCAGGGGAGACGUCUGUAACCCUCAGCUGGUGAAUCACAUCUUCAACACAGAAAACAUCGACGUGGUUUUUCACCUGGCGGCAAAAACUCACGUUGAGUCGUCGUUUGAGUCUCCGUCAUGUUUCCACCGGGUGAACGUUGAAGGAACGCAAGUUUUACUGUCGGCCGCUCAUCGGGCUCCUCACACGCUGCACCGCUUCAUCUACAUCAGCACAGACGAGGUGUACGGGGCGGGGCCGGGACAGGGCUGCGAUGAGACGAGUCCACUGAGGCCAAACAACCCAUACGCUGCGACCAAAGCUGCUGCAGAGACACACGUCUUGUCCUACUGGGACACACACAGGUUUCCUGUCAUCAUCACCAGGAGCAACAACGUGUACGGACCGCGGCAGUAUACUGAGAAGGUCAUCCCGAGGUUUCUCUCUCUCUUACGCAACAACAGGAAGUGCACCAUCCAGGGAACACUCCCGAAAUCUCGCCACUUCCUGUUUGUGGCCGACGCCGUCAAUGCCUUGCUGCUGCUUCUGGAGAAAGGCAUUGUGGGAGAAGUCUACAAUGUAGGAACCAGUUUUGAGAUUCCCAUCACGCACCUGGCCAGGGAGCUCAUUAAGACGGUGAAGAAUGUUCCAGACUCUCAAGUGAACGACUGGCUGGAUUUUGUACCUGACAGGCCGGUAUUGGAGCUCAGGUAUCCCAUCACCUGUGACAAACUGAAGCAGCUCGGCUGGAGGGAGAAUGUCACCUGGACAGAGGGCAUCAGACACACAGUGAAAUGGUAUCAGGAAAACCCAGACUUCUGGUGGAACACAGAAGAGGACCAACGGCCAAUCACAGCAGAGUUUCAACAUGUGAUGGACACAUGAGUGGGCUCUGCAGCUCGACUGACAGGACUCAGACCUGAUGAGAUACACAAGGGGUGACAGGGGUCUUAGUACUGAUUCCAUUCCCUGCACUGGUUAGUGAUGAUAGAAGUCAUUCAUACCAUGAAGAUAUGAAGGUGUAUUUGAAAGCACAAACAUUUCAGGUCAACUUUAAUUUAUUUUGAACACCACAACGUGUAAAGAGAGAUCGUCUCACUUCUGUGUCAGAUAUAUAUUUUUCUAAAUGUUUGACCAAAAAUGAACAGAAUCAAUCAAACCAUUCAAUAAACUGAAAAAAGAACCACA